UCCCAAUGCAUGACCUAGUUUUAGGAAGAGGUGGUCGGAGCCCGAACCGACAAAGCAGUCUGUGCUUGCAUGACUCACUACCCCGCCUCCAUCUGUGACAUAACAAUCGUUAUGUGGUUACUUCAUUUAAGGGGCUGUAUGCCACCGUCGCAUUUUCCAUCUGGACUGCAGCACAAAUGCUCUUCAUGAGCAAGAACCGGGGGUGAAUACUUUAGCAUUCAACUAGUUAAUCUGUCGUCAACCCCCCGCUCCAGCUUGGCGUAGUCUGCUGCUUACCAUGUGAUUCUCACGCUGUCGGUCUCAGAUGUGCUUAGGGGUCCCACAGAACACAUGACAUUUGUCAGCUGAAUGCAAGAACGUGAACGAGGACGUCUAAAGUGAGGGGGGAAAAAAACGUAGAAAUUGAAAUGCCGCAUAACCAACAGAUGCACUUUUUAUUGUUGUUUUUUUUGCACAGCCAAUGUGACUACCAGUUCAGUGACUUAAACGACCCAGGUGCCAGUUGAUUACUUUAUUCUCACCCCUUCUUCCUCGUUUUCUUACUCUCUCACCUUAGUGUGGAUCUGCUGAAUACAUGGCGCCGGAAGUUGUGGAAGCUUUCAACGAGGAGGCCACCAUCUACGAUAAGCGCUGUGAUCUGUGGAGCCUGGGCGUCAUCCUUUACAUCAUGCUGAGUGGUUACCCUCCCUUCGUGGGCCACUGUGGAAGCGACUGUGGAUGGGAGAACGGAGAACCUUGUCAAGCGUGUCAGAACACCUUGUUUGAAAGCAUCCAGGAGGGCAAGUAUGAGUUUCCAGAGAAAGAGUGGGCUCAUAUUUCUUCCAGUGCCAAAGACCUCAUUUCCAAACUGCUUGUGCGGGAUGCCAAGAAACGUCUCAGCGCUGCUCAGGUUCUCCAGCACCCCUGGGUACAAGGG